AUGGCCUCUUUGACUACAGUAGAACGAAGCCCAGUCAAGACGGCAACGGAAAAGUAUAGCGAUGCGACUGGAGAGGUUACUUCCAAUACGGAUGCGGAAACGAAAGAGACAAAGAAGGGAUUUGCGUUCCAGGAUUUGGCCAAAUGGCAAAAGCAGUAUAAAAAUAAAUCCAGCAGGAGUGAGUCGCUGGUAGCGUUGAUAUAUCUUCUGGGCUCGAUGUCAUCCUUUUGUCUGCUCAUAUUCUUCACGGACUUUUACUUAAUACCUUUGUUCCCAACCACCACAACAAUGACGGAUUAUAUCAUAUUCAAUUUCUACCUACUAAACGUUUUCGUCUUUUGCAUGAUACAUUUCAUUUACCAUUUCAUCAAAAAUAUUUCCUUACAGCAGCACCUCGAACAUUGGCAAAAGUUCUCGUAUCUAGCGAACAUCAACCUGUUGAUAUCUUCACAGAUCACGAUCCUUUAUUAUUUGUUCUAUGAUUAUGUGUUUUUCUUCAAGAUUUUCACGCUAUUGAUGACUUUCAUAGGACUAGCAGCAUAUUUUGUUAUAUUGACCGAUAAACUCAACUCCUACAAAAGAUUUAAUAAGACAGUUUUCUUUAUUUCAGUGUCGGUAGUUUGUUGUUCCUUGCCGCUAUUAACCGCUAUCAUCACGUUUGAUGGACUAGAAAAUCUAAAAGAUAGAAUAAAACUAAACGCAAUCACUUGGGAACUUGUAACGCUGGUGGUGGCGUCAAUGAUCUAUGUGACAAGAUUUCCUGAAUCGUUGUUCAGACGAAAUGAAAAGGGGGAAGGUUGGAACCAUUCCGAAUAUCUCUUCCACCUCCUUAUAUCCGGUACUGCUUUUUAUCACUUCUUUAUCUUGAUUCAAUCCUAUAUUUUGAUGCAUUCAAGUUUGAAUCAACCUGAACUAAUUAAUUUCAAGUCUUAA